AUGGAGGCAGCAGCCGCCGCCGCUUUGUCCCCUCCCCGCGUCGCCCUAGAUGCCCGCACACUCUUCUCGCCGCCUUGUUCCCUCCCCGCCUCGCCCUCAUCCCAGCUCCGCCUCGCCGCCCGGCCCCGCGCUCUCGCCGCCGCCAAGCCGCGGUUCCUGAGCCCCCACCGAGAACCCGCCGUCGACGGCGGCUGCGGCGCCAGGGAUGUUGUCGCGAUGGUGGUGCCGUUCCUGAGGGGAGCCGCGUGGGAGCAGCCACCGCCGGAUUUGGCCUCGUUCCUGUACAAGAACCGGAUCGUGUACCUGGGGAUGUGCCUCGUGCCGUCGGUCACGGAGCUCAUGCUCGCCGAGUUCCUCUACCUCCAGUACGACGACGCCGAGAAGCCAAUCUACCUGUACAUCAACUCCACUGGCACCACCAAGAAUGGCGAGAAGUUAGGUUAUGAGACAGAAGCUCUUGCAGUAUAUGAUGCUAUGAGGUAUGUUAAAGUUCCUAUUUUCACUCUGUGUGUCGGUAAUGCAUGGGGAGAAGCUGCUUUGCUCUUAGCUGCUGGUGCUAAAGGUAACCGUGCUGCACUUCCAUCAUCGACAAUAAUGAUAAAACAGCCAAUUGGUCGUUUUCAAGGUCAAGCGACAGACGUUGACAUUGCAAGAAAAGAGAUUCGAAAUGUCAAGAUAGAAAUGGUUAAGCUGCUGGCAAGACACAUUGGUAAACCGAUUGAAGAGAUUGCUCGGGACAUCAGACGUCCUAAAUACUUUAGCCCCAGUGAAGCUGUGGAUUACGGCAUCAUUGACAAGGUGAUAUACAACGAGAAAAUCCAGGAAGAUGGCGGUGUCGUGUCAGAACUCAAAAGAUCAAAUUUGAUAUAG